AUGUCGUCGGAACCGAAUCCGUCAGCUGCAGAGGUAGCAGCCGCUACAGUUCGUCGUCACGGGGAGACAGACGACUCUGAACGCGGUGCAGUCACCACAGCGGACGAGAACCAGCCUCUCCUCGGUCUCUCGGCACCCAGCGAGGAGGAGGGCACCUGGAAAGCCCCGCGGCAUUUCCUCUUGAUCGAGCUCGCCAUCUUCUCCAACGUGUUCCUCUACGGCUUCGACAGCACGAUCACGGCGUCCACCUAUGCCGUGAUCGCGUCCGAGUUCGACGCCGUCAACACGGCGUCGUGGCUCACCACGAGCUAUCUGGUCACGAGCACGGCCUUCCAGCCGCUCUAUGGCCGCAUCUCGGAUAUCUUUGGCAGGAGGGUGUGCUUUUUUAUCUCCACCGUCACGUUCGCGCUCGGCUGUCUGGGCUGUGCCGUCGCAGACGGCUUUAUCUUCCUCAAUCUGAUGAGGGCCCUCACGGGAUUCGGAGGCGGGGGGCUGAUGACUAUGGCAACAAUCGUCAACUCCGAUAUGAUACCCUUCAGGAAGCGAGGCAUGUACCAGGCGCUUCAGAACGGGUCGUUCGGUUUCGGCGCAAUAGCCGGAGCGUCGUUCGGCGGCUCGAUCGCGGACUCGAUCGGGUGGAGAUGGUGUUUUCUGCUGCAGGUCCCCGUUUCCGUCGUUGCGCUGGUGCUCGGGUAUCUCGUAGUCAAGAACCCGCACACGAGUCUGCGCGGGUCGACUUUCAAAGAGAUGUGGCGGGUCGUCGACGUCUCGGGAUCGUUGCUACUGGUCACAGCUAUCUCCAUUCAGUUGGUCGGGCUGAGUCUCGGCGGCAAUGAACUGCCCUGGAGCAGCCCGUGGGUUAUCUCCUCCCUGGUGGGCAGUGUUAUUCUGCUGGCCUUGUUCUUGCUCGUAGAAGCAAAGACAAAAGCCAUUCCGAUCAUCCCAUUGAAGAUGCUGAAGAGCAAACUUCCCAGCUUGACGGAGGCUACAAACGUCUGUGUUGGUCUUUCCGCAUAUGCUUAUCUCUUCAUGUUACCCUUAUUUUUCCAAGUCGUCUUGUUAGACUCUGCCACGACAGCGGGAGGGCGGCUCGCCAUUCCCUCGUUGGCAACCCCUAUAGGAGGCGUGAUCGCGGGAGUCGUCAUGUCACGAUACGGAAAGCUUAUAGCGCUUGUGCGCACCGGCGCCAUUCUGAUGGCGGUCGGGAACGCCUUGGUGACAAGCCUGCAGUUCGAGGAUUCGCUCUGGAAGUACUACGUGUACAUCUUUCCAGCCAACCUGGGGCAAGGAAUCGUAUAUCCAGGCAUUCUUUUCACGUCUCUAGCCACGUUUGAACAUUCCGAUCAUGCGGUCUGCGCAUCGACGGUCUACCUCAUCAGAUCUCUAGGUACGGUGUGGGGAGUGUCGAUCACGUCUGCCAUACUGCAGACCACGUUGAGCGUUCAACUUCCCGAGGCAUUGAGCGAUGUUCCGGACAAGUGGCAGAUCAUUGACAACAUACGUCACUCUGUGGAUGCGCUCAGACAGCUGCCGCCUGAUGUUCAGUUGAAGGCGCGGCUCGUCUAUUACAACGGGCUACGAUACUCGUUUGCGGCAUCGACAGGUGUCGCUGUUAUUGCAGUUAUCACUUCGCUGUUCAUCCAAGGCAAAGGUUUGCGGAAAACCACUAGCUAA